CAUGAUUUCGUUAGAAAACAGGGUUGAAUUUCCCCCUUUUUGGUUUUCCGGCGGGGCUGAAAAUGAGCAGAGACAGGCACCUUGUGACCGGGCCUUGAUCGGCGAAUUGCGUAUAGGAACUGAAUCAACUCGGCGAUGUCAUCUCACAGUCAGCUGAAACCGUUAAGCCCUCAAGAAUGGGAAUCUCUAAUCGACGACUAUAACCACGGCGGCGCGCGUCUGUUUCGCUGGACCGCCGCCCAUUACUCCGGCACGCUCCUCUUUGAGCUCGCUCUCUCCUCCGUCGUCCGCAAAGACCUCCCUCUCAACCUCAAGCUCCAGCUCCUCAUCUUCCUCGAGGAGCACUCCUCCACUGUUAUUCCAUCCGCCGCAGCCUCCGCCUCCGCCUCCUUCAGUCGACUCAUCGACACCCUCCGCUCCGUUGUUCAAUCCCCAAAUGACGGCGUUUCGAUCACUUUCCCUCUCAAGGAACAGUUCCUCAUCUCCACCACCUCCAUCUUCGUUACGACGAACGCCAAUGGUGAUAGCGGAUCAAAUACUAUCAGUUCGGGUCUCGUGCCGCAUUUCGAAGGCCUAAUCGAGCUUCUGUUGACGAUAAUCAACCGACCGAAUCACAGCGUGGACCGGCAAACCCGGUCCGUGACCUGCGAUUGCUUACGCGAGCUCGAAAUCGCUUUCCCUUGCUUACUCUCGGACGUUGCAUCGCAACUAUGGGCUUUAUCACAAAGCGAGAGAACUCAUGCCGGUCAGAGCUAUGCGCUGUUACUAGCCACCGUAGUUGCGAACAUUGUUAAGUUAAAACCCAAUGCUUCAUUUACUAAUGCUUCUAUGCCUUUGGUUCCUUUCAAUGUUCCGUCUUGUGUGAUUGAUGAUGCUGAUAAUAAUGCUACCGGGGAGGAUAAGCAUUCUACUGAGAAGCAGAUAUCCGAUUUGAGUAACAAGGACCUAAAGAGAGUGGUUGCAUUUUUGCUUGAGUGGCCACAUAACUUGACUCCAUGGGGGUUAUUGGAGUUCAUGGAUAAGAUAUUGCCUGUUGCUGCAGCCUUGGAUUUGCAGGCUUCAUUGUUGAAGGUGCAGUUCUCGGGACUACUUUCUACAUAUGAUCCUUUGCUUUGGCAUGCUUAUUUAGCGAUGUGUUUGAGGUUUCUGGACUCAUUUGAAGGGCAGGAGUUGGAAAUUGCCCGUAGACUGUUGUUGUUGUCGAAAGAAUCACAACAUCAUUUGGUUUUCAGAUUGCUGGCACUCCACUGGUUGUUGGGGUUCGUUGGACUAGUGCUGAAUAGAGAUGAGGGGAAAAGGGGAAAUGUUCUUGAAAUGAGUUUGAGCUUUUAUCCAGCUGUUUUUGAUCCACUUGCUUUGAAGUCCUUAAAAAUUGACUUGCUUGCAUACUGCUCUAUUUUGGUUAUUAAAGGAAAUGGAGUAGUGAGCACUGAGACUAGCCCAAAAGUGUCAGUGGAGAAGCUAUUUGAAGAUGCCCUUGUUUCUGUAUCUGCUUUCAAAUGGUUGCCUCCUUGGAGCACAGAAACGGCAGUGGCAUUUCGUGCCUUCCACAAAUUCCUGAUUGGUGCAUCGUCUCACUCAGAAGCUGAUUCUGUUUCCAACAGAAUUCUCACUGAAUCCACCAUCUUCCACACUGUACAGAAGACACUUGUAGCCUCUAUGUCUGAAUAUAAAGGAAUGGUCCCUGUUACUGUCACCUUCAUUGACCGGUUGCUGGCAUGCCAUAAACACCAUUUGUUGGGUGAACACCUCCUUAAGACCUUUGAUGAGCAUUUACUUCCUAAACUAAAGCUAGACUAUAGGUUGGGAUCUUACUUCCCAAUAUUGGAAAAAAUGGCUAUGAGUAGUAAAGUUUCACCAAGUGGAUUGUUAGAGCUCCUUGUGAAGUUCAUGUUGUUUCUUAUCGAGAAACAUGGUCCAGAUACAGGGUUGAGAUCUUGGUGUCAUGGGAGUAAAGUUCUUGGCAUUUGUCGAACAAUGCUUAUGCAUCACCAUAGCUCUAAGUUAUUCCUUGGGCUAUCUCGUCUUCUAGCAUUCACUUGCCUUUAUUUUCCAGAUUUGGAAGUUCGUGACAAUGCAAGAAUCUACUUGCGGAUGCUCAUUUGUAUUCCAGGGAAGAAACUUAGAGACAUACUGAACAGUGGGGACCAGUUGCCUGGAGUGUCCCCAUCUACCCACUCUAGUCCAUUUUUUACUGUUCAGUCUCCUAGAUUUUCCCACGACCUCAAGAAAUCAAGGAAUAUAUCAUCGUAUAUUCACAUUGAGCGUGUGAUUCCAUUGUUGGUUAAACAAUCUUGGUCCUUGUCACUUGCAACCCUGGGGAUUCACAACAAGAAACCUGGUUAUUUAGAAGCCAUCAGGGACACUGAACCAAUGAGUGAACACAGGGAGAUAGAUAGAAAUAAUGAUCAAUCAGUCUCUGAAACCUAUAGAACUGAUCUGCUGCCAGGAGUGCCAGAGCCCUUACUUGUGAUGGAUUCCAAGAUUUGUCAGAUCGUUGAAAUGUUGAGGAGGCAUUUUUCAUCCAUUCCUGACUUUAGACACAUGCCAGGGCUCAGGAUUAAAAUACCCUGUUCCUUAUGGUUUGAAUCAGAACCAUUCAAUCGCAUAUGGGGUUCCGAUAUGGCAGCCAAUGAAUUUGAUGGAGUUGAUGCACUUCCUGCCAUAUAUGCAGCAGUUUUAAGAUUUUCUUCUUCUGCCCCGUAUGGGUCAAUCCCAUCAUAUCAUAUACCCUUCCUUCUUGGUCAGCCCCCCAGAAGUUUCAAUUCUUUCAACGAACAUAAUUCAUUAGAGAUAGUUCCAGUGGAUAACAGUUCUUAUUCUCCAGGAGAAGUGGAAGGCUUCAACACUCAUGUUAUGAUUGAAUUGGAACCACGGGAACCGGUGCCUAGUCUUGUUGACAUUUUCAUCGAAGCAAAUACAGUCAGUGGUCAAAUCAUACAAGGGCAGCUUCGUAGUAUCAGUGUAGGAAUAGAGGACAUGUUUCUCAAAGCCAUUCCUCCAGAUGACAUCAGUGGAGAAGCAGUACCUGAUUAUUACGUUCAAUUAUUCAAUGCUUUGUGGGAAGCAUGUGGGACAUCCACCAGUACUGGGCGAGAGACCUUCGUGUUGAAAGGAGGCAAAGGUGUUGCUGCAAUAAGCGGAACCCGGUCAGUGAAACUUCUGGAAAUUCCAGCAGCAUCUCUGAUCCAAUCUGUUGAACGAUGUUUAGCACCCUUUGUUGUCUGUGUAACCGGUGAGCUUCUUAUUAACAUCGUGAAAGGCGGGGGAGUUAUCAGGGACAUUGUCUGGGGGGAUACCUCUCCAGACUCCUCCAUUGAUGAUGUCUCGACACAAGAAACAAGUGUCGUUGGAGGGCCUCUUUAUCUCAAAUACCUGGACGAUGAAGACGAUAGAGGAGGUAAUGCUCAAUUUACUAAGAAGAACAUGGGAUGCUUUCAGAUUCUGAUAUUCCUGCCACCAAGAUUCCAUCUCCUCUUCCAAAUGGAAGUUUGUGAUACCUCUUCUCUUGUCCGGAUUAGAACUGAUCACUGGCCAUGCUUGGCUUACAUUGAUGACUAUUUGGAAGCUUUAUUUUGUCUAUAGCAUAUCUUUCUACCCUCGGGUUUAUUCUUUUCUUCAUUGUUGUUGUGGCAAUGGACACUUGACAUCUUUCUUUUUCCAUCAACUAAUCAAGUACUUCUCAUACUUCACAGUAUGACUGUUGUGUAAACUGUAGAGGCAACAAUAUUGGACAAUGUAAAAUUAUUUGCUACUACUAUUUGUAA